AUGUCAUUGAAAGGUGCAAAGGGAGGAGCAGAUAGUCGGCCAUCGUCAGCAGCCAGCAUGUCUCCUCGAGCGGGGCGCGGGGCAGCGGCGGCAGCUGCUGGCAGAUCACCUGCUUCUGGGAGAUUCAAAAACAAGGCCCUUCAGCUCAGCCUCUCCAAGAAAUUCUGCUCAAAGUCACAGUCUCCUUCGGCCAAAGGUAAGGGCGCUGGCGAGGAGGGGUCACGUCGCCGCGGUAAAAGGAGCCUCAGCAACAGCUCAGCAGUGGCCGCCGCCUACAUCUCCUACCUCAAUAAACUCUUUGGACAGGAGAGGGAGCUGAUGCCAGAGGAGCUGGAUGAGCUGCAGGAGGCCUUUAAGGAAUUUGACUAUGACGCGGACGGCUUCAUCCAUUACAAAGACAUCGCAGACUGCAUGAGGACCAUGGGCUACAUGCCUACAGAGAUGGAGCUCAUCGAGAUCAUCCAGCAAAUCAAAAUGAAAUGGGGAGGACACGUGGACUUUGAUGACUUCUGCUCGCUGAUGGGCCCAAGGAUGUUGGCCGAGACGGCUCACAUGGUCGGAAUGAAGGAGCUGCGCUGUGCCUUCAAACAGUUUGACUGUGAUGGCGACGGAAAGAUCACGUGUGACGAGCUGAAGGAGGGCAUGAAGACCCUGCUGGGGGAGAAGCUGAAGAAAGGUGAGCUGGAAGAGAUCCUCGGCGACAUUGACCUCAACAAAGACGGCAACAUUGACUUUGAUGAGUUUGUUAUGAUGCUUUCUGCACGAUGA